GCAAAUCCUCGGUGGUUUUGCAGCUUCCAGAGCUUGAGAUUGAGACCAGCGCGGCAGUUCUUUCUUGGUCGUCGAUGGCGCUGAGGAGGAUCAUCAAGGAGCUCAAGGACCUGCAGAGGGAUCCACCCACGUCCUGCAGCGCAGGGCCUGUGUCCGACGACAUGUUCCACUGGCAAGCGACGAUCAUGGGGCCCAGCGACAGCCCCUACUCGGGGGGCGUGUUCCUGGUCGCCAUCCACUUCCCUCCGGACUACCCGUUCAAGCCUCCCAAGGUGGCGUUCAAGACGAAGGUGUUCCACCCCAACAUCAACAGCAACGGCAGCAUCUGCCUGGACAUCCUCAAGGAGCAGUGGAGCCCCGCGCUGACGGUCUCCAAGGUGCUGCUCUCCGUCUGCUCCCUGCUCACCGACCCCAACCCGGACGACCCGCUCGUCCCGGAGAUCGCCCACAUGUGCAAGACCGACCGCCUCAGGUACGAGUCCACCGCCAGGGGAUGGACGCACAAGUACGCCAUGGGAUAACCUGAUGUGAGCCGUAACAACAACGACGCUUUGGCCGAGUGGUUAAGGCGUGUGCCUGCUAAGUACAUGGGGUUUCCCCGCGAGAGUUCGAAUCUCUCAGGCGUCGUCUUUUUUUUUCCUUUUUUUUUCUAUUUUGCCUACCCACAUGGACACAUGGUUCCCUUCUUCACAAGCUCUGGUACUGUAACAUUCAGAAAUGCAAAUGGUUAUCAUAUCGUGAGAAUUCUCCGGUUACAACGUGAGUGCAAGCUGUAACCCAAGGGAAUCGCUGCUGUAUUAUACAUUUGUACAAGGUUCACCAAACCGAUUGGUGCCCAAAAACUGGCCGAGAUUCAUGUUC